UCUCCUCGCACGUCUUUCUUUCAUCGCACUAUGAUUUGCGUAAAUCUCUGAUCAAACUUACCGGCAAGCCUUUAUUUUGUCACUAUAUUCAUCAUCCGCAUUUUGACGCCGAUUUUGAUCCCUGACCCAAACCUCUUUUCGGGCGCCGCCAAGUAACGCCUGCUGUCUCUAUAAGCUCUUCGAGGCACUAUUCCUUUCGGCAACAGUCGCCUGCCACGGUUUCAACCUUGCGCGGCAACAUGCAGCUCACCGAGGAUCAAGCGACUGAGGUGAAGUCGUGGGUAGUGAGGAAACUGGAAGAUAUAUCGGAUGCCGAUUCUGACGUGCUCGCCGAUUAUGUCCUGGCGCUUAUCCGAACAGAUGCCCCGGAUGAGGAGAUCCGGAAGGCUUCGGUGGACAAUCUGGAAGACUUCUUGAGAGAACACACCGUUCAAUUUGUCGAUGAACUCUUCACAACGUUUGCGCCCAAGCCGCAGCCCGUUCAAACCGCCGCGAUGUCCCAUGAUGGUGCUGCAGGAUCAGCUUCGGAACAGCAGCAGGCCUUUGGAGCUCCCUCCGGCCCAGCAAAUGGCCCUUACGGCAUUCCACAGUCGCAAGCCGAUGGCUCCAAUUUCAAUCGCAAGCGUAACUACCACGAGGGAUUCCAGGCCGAUCAGGAGCGCGACGAUGGACCCCACCAUCGCACAUACAAGACCCCUCGCCGGGGACGUGGCGGUGGCCGGGGAGAUUGGAUGGGUAGGGACGGCGGCCGCGCAGGACCGGCUGGUCCGGGACAGUUCCAUCCUGGUGCAGCGGGAUUCCCAGUGAUGCCUCCUGCGUUCCCCGGCUUUGACCAGAAUGAUCCGAUGGCAGCGAUGAUGGCUCUACAGAGCAUGGGCUUCCCUCAGAUGCCGGGCAUGCCUCCGAUGCCGAUACCACCCCCGGGCGCCGGUGCCGGCCAGCAGCCGGACAAGAUGGGACCCAAGAGUUCGGAGCGGUGUCCGUUCUACGAGACUCAGGGUAUCUGCUACCUUGGCGCUACAUGCCCCUACCAGCACGAUGCCAUGCCAGGGUCCUCCAAGGAAGAUGAAUACGAUCCAAAGUCCUCCAACCUCAUUACCGACUUCCAAAGGCGCACGGAUACACCUAUGCGAGGCAGCGACAGAGGUCGUGGCCGCGGUCGUGGUGGGGACCGAGGUGGCUUUGGAGGCAGGGGACGACGCUCCGAAUUUUCUUCUGCUGGGCCUAACGAGGAUACGACGAUCACGACUAUUGUCGUUGAGCAGAUCCCUGAUGAUAAGAUGGACGAAGCCACGAUCCGAGAGUUCUUUUCACAAUAUGGCGAGAUCACUGAAAUCACUCUGCAACCACACCGGCGACUGGCCUUGAUUACCUACGAUAACCACGCAGCUGCUAAACGGGCAUGGUCUAGUCCCAAGGUGAUCUUUGAUAACCGAUUCGUCAAAGUCUACUGGCAUAAGCCCAAGGGUGAUCGGAAUGGUGACCAUCGGUCUCCUGCCGGCGACGCCAUGAACGAGGGUCCAGCCUUCAACCGCGAAGAGUUCGAGAGACAGCAAGAGGAAGCUCAACGGGCGCACGAGGAGAAAUUGAAGAAGCGCAAGGAGACUGAGGAAGCAAAACAAGCCCUCGAGCGACAGCGCGACGAGCUCCUUAAGAAGCAGCAGGAAGAGAAGCUUCGUCUGAUGCAAAAGCUUGGCGCAAAAGAAGGCGGUGAUGGCAGCGCCUCUCCGGCCGACGAAGCGGGUGUGUCACAGGAGAAUGCCAGUGACCAGACCCAGCAGCUUCGUGCACAGCUGGCCGCUCUUGAAGCCGAAGCGAAGAGUCUUGGUAUCGACCCCAACGGUGCUGGUGCGAGCGCACCGUACUCCUACCGCGGUCGCGGAAGAGGCUUCGGUGCUCGUGGUGGAUUCCCGCCCCGGGGCCGUGGUUACGACCCGUCCUUCCGCGGUGGAUAUCGUGGUCGUGGCGGCGCUGCUCGCGGCAGAGGUGGUGUUCUACGUCUCGACAACCGACCCCGUAGGGUGGCUGUCUCCGGUGUGGAGGCCAACUCUGAGAAGGACGAGGCCUUGAGACAAUACCUCAUUGGCGUCGGCGAAUACGAAUCCAUCGAGCCCAACCCAGACCAACCCGACUCAGUCAUCGUAGCCUUCAAGGAACGCUACCUAGCCGAGAAGUUCAUGUUUGGAACCCGAGACAUUCCCUCGGUAGGCCAAGUCCAGCUCACUUGGGUCCCUAACCCCCCUAUCACCCUCCCCGCCAGCGGCGCAACAUCCGGCCCUGGCUCGGAUACCAACAAGACAGGGUCAGACGAGGACAUGGUAAUGGACAACGCAUCGGGGCCAUCCAUGUUACCGGAACAGAGCGGAGCACGCAAGGACGGCCCGCAUGAUGUGGACUACGAUGUGGCAGAGGUGGAUGACAGUUGGGGAGUGGAGUAGAGUAGAUCCUACCUACCUACUUUCGAGUGUAACUUAUGCUCAUGAUGGGAUGGACGGAUGGAUGUUUUGAUAGAAAGAUACGUCUGCACUUAUUUCAUACUCCUGGCGUCUUCUGGGGAAGGGAAAAUGGUUUCUUUCUUGUCUCGUUGCAUAAAGUAGUCGUCGGUGUCUUUUUCUUUGAUCCUUAUUUGCUUUGAUGUGAUAGACUCUGCUGGGUAUGUAUAUGUAUAUGUAUAUGUAUGUAUGUACCUGGCUCGAAUUUCUCUGGCCUUUAGGCUUGUACGAUAGUUAUGUGACUCUGCAGAUGCAACUGAUGGGUGAUGAUUCUUUUUU